AUGUUACCCAACGGAGGAUUGACAAACUUUGGGUCCCUCGUAAUCUCUGGUUUGGGCCUCAGCUCCUUUGAAACCCUCCUCAUCGGCCUCCCUUCCUCCAUCGUCUCCCGCCGGCUUAAUGAUAAUCUGGGUCUACUUCACUACACGCCACGAGGGCCUCCGAACCUGAGGCAUGAUCGGACCCAUGAUCCUGACCAUUGCCGGAAUCGCCUCUGUCUACGGCACAAACAACGUGCCCAGUGCAAACAAAUUGGGCCGGCUCAUCGCGUACUGGCUCAUCAAAUCGUACGCGGUGACUGGUCGUUUACGCUCACGAUUGUCAGGCAAAAUAUUGCGGUGCAUACGAAGCAUGCGGUCGACGAAUGUGCUCCUCUUCAUGGCGUUUUCGGUGGGAAAUAUUGCGGGGCCGUUCUUCUUUUGCAAGUGGGAUGGGCCGCGGUAGGUGCUUGCUAUUAUGCUUAUUUUUGUUUGUUUCUGUCUCUGUGUCUUCAUUGCGGCCGGUCUGCGAGUUUAUAUGAUUACAAGAGACGAGAUCGCAAGUAUGGUGCUGUUGUUCGGAGGGAGGGCGAGGUGCUCGACGGGGUUGUGCUAGGGAUCCACAACAUGACCGAGUUGGAGAACCCCGACUUCCACUACGUGCUAUAG